AGAGCGCGACAACAACAUCAUGAGCGAUGGCAACAACACACAGGAGGAGCUGGACACAGUUUUCGGUGAAAACGACUUCUCCUCCUCCUAUAACGAACACGGCAGUGUGAAAGCCCGAAUCUUUAAGAUAAUUGUCAUCGGAGAUUCAAAUGUGGGGAAGACUUGUUUGACUUUCCGGUUUUGUGGAGGCGCUUUCCUGAAAAACCCAGAGGCGACCAUCGGUGUGGAUUUCAGAGAGAGGACGGUGGACCUGGAUGGAGAGAGCAUCAAGUUGCAGAUUUGGGACACGGCAGGUCAGGAGCGGUUCAGGAAGAGCAUGGUGGAGCACUACUACCGCAGCGUUCAUGCCGUCAUCUUUGUGUACGACAUGACCGACCUCACUUCCUUUGAGAGCAUUCCUGAGUGGAUUGACGAGUGCAGCCAACAUUCUGUUGGGCCCCUGGUCCCUCGUGUCCUGGUAGGAAAUAAGUGUGACCUGAGGGACAGUCGACAAGUGCCCACAUCGGUUGCCCAAUACCUCGCUGACCGCUACGACUUCCCUCUCUUUGAGACUUCGGCCAAGGACCCGGCUGAGAAGGAGCACAUUGAUGCCAUCUUUCUGACUUUAGCUUAUAGGCUAAAGAAUCACAAGCCUCUGAGACUAAAGCAGCCGAGUGAGAGCAGCCUCAGGGAGCUGUGGAACCAGCAAGAUCAGGAAGGAGGAUUUUGUCAAUGCUGAGGUUACCUGUGUCCUUCAUAGGUGAACUCAAAAGUGUGCACAGAGACUGUUGCACCAAUCAGGAGUAAUAAUGGUGCUGAAAAGGCAAUGUUGAACAAACUGG